GGUGAUGGGGGGGGGCUGUGGGUACCCCGUCUGUGGAGGUGCCCGAGGCCGUGGGUUGGGUUCUGGGCAGCCUGAGGUUGUGGGGGGCAACCAGCCCAUGGUGGGGGAGAGGUAGGGGGCUCCUUUGGCAACAGAAACAAUGGUGGGGUUCCAUAGUUCAGUGGUCUACAAGAUCCUUUCCAACCCAACCAUUCUAUGUCUCUGUGUUCUACAAGGUUCUUUCCAACCCAACCAUUCUAUGUCUCUGUGUUCUACAAGGUCCUUUCCAACCCAGCCAUUCCAUGUCUCUGUGUUCUACAAGGUCCUUUCCAAACCAACCAUUCUGUCUCUGUGCUCUACAAGGUCCUUUCCAACCCAACCAUUCUAUGUCUCUGUGCUCUACAAGGUCCUUUCCAACCCAACCAUUCUGUCUCUGUGCUCUACAAGGUCCUUUCCAACCCAACCAUUCUGUCUCUGUGCUCUACAAGGUCCUUUCCAACCCAACCAUUCUAUGUCUCUGCGCUCUACAAGGUCCUUUCCAACCCAACCAUUCUGUCUCUGUGCUCUACAAGAUCCUUUCCAACCCAACCAUUCUAUGUCUCUGUGUUCUACAAGGUCCUUUCCAACCCAACCAUUCUAUGUCUCUGUGCUCUACAAGGUCCUUUCCAACCCAACCAUUCUGUGUCUCUGUGCUCUACAAGGUCCUUUCCAACCCAGCCAUUCCAUGUCUCUGUGCUCUCCAAGAUCCUUUCCAACCCAACCAUUCUAUGUCUCUGUGCUCUACAAGGUCCUUUCCAACCCAACCAUUCUAUGUCUCUGUGCUCUACAAGAUCCUUUCCAACCCAGCCAUUCUAUGUCUCUGUGCUCCACAAGGUCCUUUCCAACCCAACCAUUCCAUGUCUCUGUGCUCUACAAGGUCCUUUCCAACCCAGCCAUUCUAUGUCUCUGUGCUCUACAAGAUCCUUUCCAACCCAACCAUUCUGUCUCUGUGCUCUACAAGGUCCUUUCCAACCCAACCAUUCUAUGUCUCUGUGCUCCACAAGGUCCUUUCCAACCCAACCAUUCUGUGUCUCUGUGCUCUACAAGGUCCUUUCCAACCCAACCAUUCUAUGUCUCUGUGCUCUACAAGGUCCUUUCCAACCCAACCAUUCUGUCUCUGUGCUCUACAAGGUCCUUUCCAACCCAACCAUUCCAUGUCUCUGUGUUCUACAAGGUCCUUUCCAACCCAGCCAUUCUAUGUCUUUGUGUUCUACAAGAUCCUUUCCAACUCAGUCAUGCUACAGCAACCGGUGUUUCUUCCAACUCAACCCAACCAUUCUGUGGCUCUAUGUCCCAUGAGGACCCUUCCAACCCAACCAUUCCGUGAUUCUCAGCUCUGUAAUGUCCCUUCCAACUCAACUUAGCCACUGUAUGGCUCUGUGCUGUAUAAGGUCCUUUCCAACCCAACCAUUCUAUGCUUCUAAGUUCUAUAAAGUCCCUUCCAUCCCAAACCAACCACUCUAUGGGUCUAUGAUCCAUAAGAUCCCUCCCAACACAACCACUGUGUGGUUCUGAGCUUUAUAAUGUUCCUUCCAACCCAACCCAGCCAUUCUGUAUCCCUAUGAUCUAUAAGGUCCUUUGCAACCCACCCAUUCUAUGAUUCUCAGCUCUGUAAUGUCCCUUCCAACUCAACCCAACCACUCUGUGUCUCUGUGCUCUACAAGAUCUCUUCCAACCCAACCAUUCUAUGCUUCUAAGUUCUUUAAAGUCCCUUCCAUCCCAACCCAACCACUCUGUGGCUCUGUAUCCCAUAAGGUCCCUUCCAACCCAGCCAUUCUAUAUCCCUAUGAUCUAUAAGGUCCUUUCCAACCCAACCAUUCUGUGGUUCUGAGCUCUGUAAUGUCCCUUCCAACUCAACCCAACCACUCUGUGGCUAUGUGCUCUACAAGAUCUCUUCCAUCCCAACCAUUCUAUGAUUCUAAGUUCUAUAAAGUCCCUUCCAUCCCAACCCAACCACUCUAUGGCUCUGUGUCCCACAAUGUCCCUUCCAGCCCAACCAUUCUGUGGUUCUAAGCUCUGUAAUGUCUCUUCUGACCCAACCCAAAGCACUUUAUGGCUCUGUGUCCCAUAAGGUCCCUUCUAGCCCAACCAUUCUGUGUUGCUAAGCUUUAUAAUGUCUCUUCCAACCCAACCCAAAGCACUUUAUGGCUCUGUGAUCCAUAAAGUCCCUCCCAACACAACCACUGUGUGGUUCUGAGCUUUAUAAUGUUGCUUCCAACUCAACCCAGCCAUUCUCUAUCCUUAUGAUCUAUAAGGUCCUUUGCAACCCAACCAUUCUAUGAUUCUCAGCUCUGUAAUGUCCCUUCCAUCCCAACCCAACCACUCUGUGGCUCUGUAUCCCAUAAGUUCCCUUCUAGCCCAACCAUUCUGUGGUUCUAAGCUCUGUAAUGUCUCUUCUGACCCAACCCAAAGCACUUUAUGGCUCUGUGAUCCAUAAGGUCCCUUCCAACCGAUCCAUUCUGUGAUUCUCAGCUCUUUAAUGUCCCUUCCAACUCAACCCAACCACUCUAUGGCUCUGUGUCCCAUAAGGUCCCUUCCUACCCCACCAUUCUGUGGUUCUGAGCUCUGCGAUGUCCCUUCCAACCCAACUCAACCCAACCACUCUGUGGCUCUGUAUCCCAUAAGAUCCCUCCCAACCCCACCAUUCUAUGAUUCUCAGCUCUGUAAUGUCCCUUCCAACUCAACCCAACCAUUCUAUGGCUCUGUAUCCCAUAAGGUCCCUUCCAACCCAGCCAUUCUAUAUCCCUAUGAUCUAUAAGGUCCUUUCCAACCCAACCAUUCUACGAUUCUCAGCUCUGUAAUGUCCCUUCCAACUCAACGCAACCACUCUGUGGCUCUGUGUCCCAUAAGGUCCCUUCCAACCCCACCAUUCUGUGGUUCUCAGCUCUAUAAGGUCUCUUCCGACCCAACCCAAAGCACUUUAUGGCUCUGUGAUCCAUAAGGUCCCCCCAACACAACCACUCUGUGGUUCUGAGCUUUAUAAUGUUCCAACCCAGCCGUUCUAAAUUCCUGUGAUCUAUAUGGUCCUUUCCAACCCAGCCAUUCUGUGGUUCUCACCCCUGUAAUGUCCCUUCCAACUCAACCCAACCACUCUGUGCUCUGUAAUCUUUAAGGUCCCUUCCAACCCAACCACUCUGUGGCUCUGUGCUCUACAAGGUCUCUUCCAUCCCAGCCAUUCUAUGCUUCUAAGUUCUAUAAAGUCCCUUCCAUCCCAAACCAACCACUCUAUGGCUCUGUGUCCCAUAAGGUCCCUUCUAGCCCAGCCAUUCUGUGGUUCUAAGCUCUGUAAGGUCUCUUCCAACCCAACCCAACCAUUCUGUGGCUCUGUGUCCCAUAAGGUCCCUUCCAGCCCAACCAUUCUGUGGUUCUAAGCUAUGUAAUGUCUCUUCUGACCCAACCCAAAGCACUUUAUGGCUCUGUGUCCCAUAAGGUCUCUUCCAACCCAACCAUUCUGUGGAUUUAAGCUUUGUAAUGUUCCUCCCAACCCAACCCAGCCAUUCUCUAUACCUAUGAUCUAUAAGGUCCUUUGCAACCCAACCAUUCUAUGAUUCUCAGCUCUGUAAUGUCCCUUCCAACUCAACCCAAUCAUUCUAUGGCUCUGUGUCCCAUAAGGUCCCUUCCAACCCAACCAUUCUCUGGUUCUGAGCUCUGCGAUGUCCCUUCCAACCCAACCCAACCAUUCUAUGGCUCUGUAUCCCAUAAGGUCCCUCCCAACCCCACCACUCUGUGGUUCUGAGCUCUGCGAUUUCCCUUCCAACCCAACCCAACCAUUCCAUGUUCCAGUGAUCCGCGAGGUCCCUUCCAACCCUACCUGACCAUUUUGUGAUCCAGAGGGUCCCUCCCAACCCCCCCAACCAUUCCCCAGCUCUGUGCUCACUCUACACCAUCCCACAGUGAUAGCAGUGCUCGGCUGCUCCGUCCCCUCUCCCCAUUGCUCCGUGCUGGGGGUUCAGGACAUGCCAACCCCCCCCUGGGUCCACAUAACACCAGCACUGUAACACAAACCCCAUGGAACUCAGCACCCUGCAAUUAAACAUUGCCUGUAGCAACCUGCUGCUCUGUGUUUGCUCUCCUAAUUGCAAGGCCGUGUUAAUUACCAGCAGCUCCAGGAGGGCUCUGUGCAGGCAGGGGAGGGCUGCGGGCUGCCCGGAGCUGCUGGCUGAGCCCCACGUGUGCUGCUGCUCCCCACGUAUUUAACACCAGGCCCGUCUGGAGCCACUCAGCGUUCCUCAGCUUGCAGCUUUGCCCUCUUCAGCGGAGCUGAAGAAAUCUGAGAGCAGAAAUAUCCCGAGGUUUUGUUUAAUGGAGCGUAACAGCGCUUGGCAGCGCUCCGCUUCACCGCAGCCUUGCUCCCCGGGCUGCCAGCCUGCUGCCUCCUGGUUCCCCAGACCUCACCAUGCUCCCAGGCAGCCCUGAGCAUCAUCCUUGCCUGGGAUCCCUGCUGCCAACCCGCUGCUGCCCCUGCUGUCACCCUUCCCUUCGCUCCCUGCUGUCACCUCUUCCCAUCUGCUGUACACGGCAGGCGCCGUGCAGAGGGCAGCGGUGCUCGC